AUGUGUGGAGUCGUUGUGGUUCAAUGCCGAGAAGUUCGAGAGAGGUUGAAGAUUGAUCAUUCGAGGAUAGGAAAGCGCGUGCAGGAGAGAUCCGAUAGCGAGCCAGGAGGGUCACAAAUGCUCUCGUCUCAAUCCGGACGGACGGAUGGACGGACGGGACAUGGUUCUGCUGGCCAAAAGGGACGGGACAGCCGUGCCGUUGCUCGCAACCGACACAACUGUUCGGUUAGCCGUCAAGACCUCUACAGCGCCAACCUCUAUCCCGCUAUCGCCAUAAUCCUGGAUAAUGAACAUACACAGCGUAAAUCAACGACAACCGCAUUGACAAUAACAUUCUAA